UCUGUGGCUUCAAGGUAAAACUUUAUGCCUUACGCUUCGCAUCUUAUAUCUUAUGUUUGUAGUUUCGUGAAAAAAAGGAAGUUGUUUGUGGUAGCAAAAUAACAAAUGUGAAGUUUUGUUCCUGAUUUAUUUCAUAACGUUUGUUUCCUGUAAGACAGUACGUAAAUGGAAGUAUGAAAAAGUUCUGGAAUUCUGAAAAUACCAGGUCCCACUUGAACCAUACCAUUUAAAACAUUUGUAUCGCCUUUAUCAGUGCCACCCAGGAAAUCAUGUUUGUGACUGGUGCUAAUUGAGGAAAAAAUAAGUUAACCUACUUUCUCAAAAGAAUGGUAUACAUUUGUACCCUUCAGGAAGGUUAAAAUAUUUUUACUUUUUGAUUUUUUUUGUAAAGAUCAUCGAAUUUCGCUACCAACCAAUAAAUUUGGUUGGUUCAAUGUUCGGUUUGUCAGUAGCCUCAGAAUUAUUUCAAGAAUCCACUGAGAGAACUUGGCACUGUAUUUCACAUUUCUUGCACUCAAUUUGGAAUACGCUGAACCAUAUUAGACAUCCUACCAUGCCCAAAAUUAGAAAGAGGCAUCAUUCAGAAUCCAAAUCUAGAUCACGAUCAUAUGAUCGCAGCUAUGUGCAAGAUAAUAAGCGAAAGAGAAACGACUCCACUGAAAGGGAACGAGAUGGCAAAAGAAAAGUAGAUUUGUAUGAUAGCCCUUCUCAUAAAAGAUCUGUAAGUAGCCAGAGGGCCCACAGAUCUCGUCAGUAUGAACGAGGUUCUAGUGCAGAAAGAAGAUAUAAGAGAAGUCAUCGAAGGUCACCUACUUCUAAGAAGAACCGCCAUCAUCAUGAUGGUACCUCCAAAAAAAAACAUUCCCGAAGAUCUUAUUCUUCUGAACAGCAAAGUUCCCAUGCCCCUUCAGUAGAAGAUGAUGAUGAAGGUCACCUCAUUUACAAAACAGGAGAUAUAAUACAAGAUAGAUAUAAAAUAUAUGGUACCCUUGGAGAGGGUACUUUUGGAAAAGUGGUUAAAGUUAGAGAUUUGGAGAUGGACCAUUGUAUGGCAUUGAAAAUUAUCAAAAAUGUAGAGAAAUACAGAGAAGCUGCCAAACUAGAAAUUAAUGUUCUUGAAAAAUUAGCAGAUAAAGAUCCUGAUUGCAUACAUUUAUGUGUAAAGAUGCUAGAUUGGUUUGAUUAUCAUGGACAUAUGUGCAUUGCUUUUGAAAUGUUGGGACUGAGUGUUUUUGAUUUUUUGAAAGAAAAUAAUUACCAACCUUAUCCAUUGGAACAAGUGCAGCACAUAGGUUAUCAAUUAUGCUUUUCUGUCAAGUUUUUGCAUGAUAAUAAAUUAACCCAUACUGAUCUCAAACCUGAAAAUAUUCUUUUUGUUGAUUCUGAUUAUGAAGUAAUUCAUAAUAGUAAGAAACGAAAAGAAAUCAAAAGAGUGAAAAGAACUGAUGUUAGGUUGAUAGAUUUUGGUAGUGCAACAUUUGAUCAUGAGCACCAUAGUACUAUAGUAUCUACUCGUCAUUAUAGGGCACCUGAAGUCAUUUUGGAGCUAGGAUGGUCGCAGCCCUGUGAUGUCUGGUCAAUAGGUUGUAUUCUAUUCGAAUUGUAUUUGGGUAUAACACUUUUUCAAACACAUGAUAAUAGGGAACAUUUGGCGAUGAUGCAAAGAAUUCUAGGAGAAGUGCCUGUAAAAAUGGCCAGAAAAACAAAAAUCAAAUAUUUUUACAGAGGAAAACUGGAAUGGGAUGAAAAAAGUUCUGCCGGUAGAUAUGUGAGAGAUAAUUGUAAACCUAUAAUGAGGUAUAAACAGUGUGAUGAGCCAGAACAUAAUUCAUUGCUUGACUUGAUUUGUAAAAUGUUGAAAUAUGAGCCAUCUGAGAGGAUAACUUUGAAAGAUGCUCUGCAGCAUCCAUUUUUUCGGAACGUUGCCCAUCAACAGGUAGACGAACGUGCUGGAACGGCUGACCGAAAGGAAAAAUGUAUAUCAGAUUGAAUCAUCAGUUGUGCCACAUGUUUUUCACUGAAAUAUACGGCACUGAUUCUGUUUUUAUACUUUAUUCGAAUGAUUUUAUUUGUUUUAAAAUAUAUUUUAGGUUA